CUUCCUCUAUCUCACAAAGACCAACGACAAACUCAGAGUUCUCUACUGAAGACGUCAGGCUCAGAUACGACGAGGACAGAAUGGGGCAAGUCUUUCUCCUGCUGACCCUCCUGCUGGUCAGUGACCUGGUCAGGCCUGCAUCCGGCUCAGAGAACCAGCGUCUCUUCAGCAUCGCUGUCGACCGUGCUCAGCACCUGCACCUGCUGGCACAGAAGAUGUUCAACGACUUUGAGGGAAACCUUUCUACCGAAGAUCGAAGGCAGAUGAACAAGAUCUUCCUGCAGGACUUCUGUAACUCAGACUCCAUCAUCAGCCCCGUCGACAAGCAUGAGACCCAGAAGAGCUCGGUGCAGAAGCUGCUCCACAUCUCGUUCCGUCUGGUGGAGUCAUGGGAGUAUCCUAGCCAGACUCUCAGCAGCUCCCUGACCCUCAGUCGCUUCAGUGAGAUCCCUCUGAAACUCACCGACCUGAAGAUAGGCAUCGACACCAUCCUCAGGGGUACCCAAGACGGGAUCCCCAGCCUAGAGGACAACGAGGCACAGCAGCUGCCCCCCUACGAGAACUACUACCAGAACCUCGGGGGCGACGACAACAUCCGCAGGAGCUACGAGCUGCUGGCCUGCUUCAAGAAGGACAUGCACAAGGUGGAAACGUACCUGACUGUUGCCAAGUGUCGACGGUCCCUGGAGGCUAACUGCACCCUGUAGAACCAUCCCUGACAGACAGAACCAAUCUAUCCCAGAUCAACAUGGCCUUGGACUGCGUUACGGAAAAAAUGCUCCCCCUCAAUAUUCCAUCCCUUCUGCUUUGGGAUGAAACUAUAACUACACAAAUAUAUAUUUACAAACAAUAACUAUAUAUUCUGUUUAGGUUUAUAUGAAAGUAUAAGGAAUGGAGUCUCUCAAGAGACAAGAGAGGGGAGGAUGAUUUUCUCACAAUCCACCUUUGUUUUGUUUUGGAGUAUAGAUUUGUUCUGAGACACCAGACCGAUGGUUCUCUUUCUUACCAACGACAGCACUUUCUCUCUUUAUUUCUCUCUCUCUUUUUCAAUAGUGGAGUCUGAUUUAGAAGAUUCCAACCAGAUAAGUGUUUCUGAUGGAAGUUUAUUUGUUUGUCACUCGCAAAUGAUUCAAGAUACGAUUCAUAUUGGUGCUCAUUUUUAUAAGUAAUCAAAACAUACACAAUCUCAGAGGAUGUAUGUUUAGUAACAGUUUAGGUCAAAUUGGGCACAUUGAUCAUGAUAGCCUGUUGGUGAAAAGACUCCCAUACGUAUUAAUGGUGAAUACAAAUGUAUUAAGAGUCGUUUAGACGUUAGAUGUUUUUUCUACUUGAUUCAUUUCCCUCUCCUUACUUACUGUAUGUGAAAUGUGUAAUGGUUUUUAGUUUUCCAAUAAAGCUGUUGUU